AUGACACAGUAUCCAAUCCAACGAAAUGUUUAUACGUUGGUACCAUCAAAUAGUUCAAUGAAUAAAACAAUUGAAACAACAAAUGUUUUAACAGCACAUAAUACAAAUACACCAUCACGUAUAUCAACUACAACAUUCAAUAUUUUUGAUGAUAGUUUAACAAAUCUUUCAUGGUUACAUGAUAUAAAUAUAUUAAAACGAACUAUUCCAACAAUAAAUUUAUCAUCAACUUGUUCAUCAUCAUCAUCAAAUAGUUCAGGAAAUAAUGCAAUUAGUAACAAACGUAAAGAACAAACAUUAUCUAACACUUCUAUAUCUUUAUCUUCAUCAAAUAUUGGUGCUGUUUAUCCUAAUGAUAUUGAUGAUAACAAUGAGUUAAUAUUAAAUAAUGAUGAUGAUGAUGAUGAACAUUGGAAAAUCUAUAAAACAAAUCCUCAAGCAAAACCGGUUUAUUCAUAUUCUCAACUUAUUUUUUUGGCUAUGCGACAAUCAGGUCAUGAAAAAAUGACAUUACAAAUGAUUUAUGAGUGGGUUGCAGAUAAUUUUCCUUAUUUUAAAAAAAUGGAACCAACUUGGCAGAACUCCAUUCGUCAUAAUUUAUCGUUGAACAAAUAUUUUGUUAAAGUUCCACGUACAAAAAAAGAAGCCGGAGGUAAAGGUGGAUUUUGGAAAUUAUCAUCAGAUUAUGAACGACAACAUUCACAAAAUAAAAUUUCAAUAAAUAAUCAACAAGAUCGACAAAUAAAUCCACCACAAAAUAAACGUACACGUACAUCAAAACGAUCAACAAAUAUUUCUGAUAAUACAACACAAUUAAAUAAUGGUACUAAAACUGAAUCAUGGAUUGAUUCAAUUCUUCCAUGUAUUUCAUCAAAAAAUCAGUUACCUCUUCAAUGUCAUACAACAAAUAUUGAUCGUCCAUCAUCAUAUAUACGAAUGCCAAGUAGUUUUCUUUCUCCAAUAUCAUCACCAGAUUCAUUAGCAGUUCCACCAUUUUAUCAUCAUCAUCAACAACAACAACAACAACAACAAAUAAGUGAUUUUUCAUCUGUUUCAACUCCAUCACCAUCAAAUUCACCAUCAUCAAUGUCAUCAGCUAUAGCAAAACAAAAUAUUAUUUCAACAAAAUUAGAUGAUACAGAUAUGCUUUUAUUAGAUUCAGUUACAUUUGAUUGGGAUGCUUAUUUAUGUGAAACACCAAAUGAUAUUGAUGUUCAACCACUUUUAUCAACAAAAACUGAACAAGAUUUAUUUAAUGAUUUUAAUGCAGCAUUAACAGACUUAACGUAUUCAGCUGAAGCAGCAGCAGCCGGUGGAGAUUCAAGUGCAUUUGAUGGUUUUGAUUAUCCAACUAAACAGUCAACAUUCAAUUCGUUGUUUGACGAUGAUGUACAACAACAACAGCAACAAUCUCUUACUAUAAAAGGUCGUGGAAUAAAACGACCAUCAUGGUGGCUUUCAAAUGAAAGUGUAACUCCAACAAAGUUACCGUCACUUGAAACAGCAUUUGAUUUAAAAUUAUCUAAAUAA